AUGAGGGUCUUGAUCACACACCAGAUGUCUAGUAAACAACUCCAGGCUUCCACAGACCUAUUCAUCAGACCAUUCAGGUGGCACAUGAUUGUGAUUGUGGGAUCAGUCAUUGCAAUUUGUAUCUUGUACAUCAGAGUUUCCUGGCCUAACAGCAUGGUCCCUCUGCCCCCACAGCCCUGCCCUGCCUGCAAGUCCCCUGGCUCUCUCCCCAAGGAGCUCUCGGACCUGACCCAUCUUCUGCACUGGCCUCCCACCCCAGGAGAUGCGGGGGACCUUUUGGCCUCCACCAGUCCCCAGACUUCCACCUACCACCUGAGGGAUCGUUCCCAGGCCAGCUACACCCUGGGAGGCUCCCUAGAGGCCAUCCUUGUCGCCAGAGACCACCAGGGCAGGCCCAAGACCUGUGGUGGAGAUCUGUUUCGGGCACAGCUGCUGGGUCCCCACCUGAAGGCAGGAGUCCCUGGGGAUAUCCAGGAUCUGGAGAAUGGCACCUACCUGUUGUCCUUCCCUCUGCUGUGGGCUGGGCAGGCCCAGGUGCGAGUGCAGCUGAUCCACUCCAGCGAGGCACUUAGGGUCCUGCGGGGAAUCUGGAGAGACCAAUGGGCCACAGUUGAUUUCAUGGGCUAUUUCCGAGGACCCACAGGAUAUGAAGAAAUUGUGACUUGCAAUGUUAACCCCCUGCUAACUGGGGAGGAAGAGUCUACCUGUCACUACAAGGAUGAAGAUUCUGGUGAGCUCUGGUUCUGUGCUCGACCCCCAACCCUGCCCUGCAACUCACUGGUAGGGCCUUCAAGUGGACAUUACUGGAAUAUGACCACACCACACGAGGAGGCCCUGCUGGCAUGGAACGUGACAGACAAGGUCCUCCCUCAGGGUAUUUCUCCAAUCUGGGUGGCCAAGGAGAGCAACAAGAGUCUGGUUCUGUCCCCUCGACAACCAUGCCACCCUGGGAUCCCAGGCCCAAAGCCCUCUGGCUUCUACCACCAAGAUGUGUGGCACUCACUGUCCUGCUCCGGACGCUCCUUCUCCACUGUUGACAGCAUCCUGGGCUGCCUGGCUGGUCAUGUCGUCCACAUGAUGGGGGAAUCCACACUUCGGCAGUGGUGGGAGUACCUGCACGACACUGUGCCCUCCCUGAAGCCUAUGGAUCUACACACCACAUAUCAGACAGGGCCCCUGAUGGCGGUGGAGACCGCUCGGGGCAUAGUGCUGCACUGGCGGGCCCACAGCUGGCCCCUGCGCUCCCUGCACACACCAGUGGCCUCCUUGCACUCUGUGGUCUGGGAACUGGGGGGCCUGGCCGGGGGCCCCCACACAGUGGUGGUGCUGGGCCUGGGCGCCCACUUCACCACCUCCCCAUCUGUCUUUGUGCAACGACUCGCAGGGAUCAGGGCAGCCGUGGCUGCGCUGCUGGCCCGCGAGCCCCGCACUGUCGUGGUCAUCAAGCUGGCCAAUACCGGCUACAAGUCUGUGUAUGGCAGUGACUGGUUCACCCUCCAGGUGAACCGGCUUCUCCGAGCCGCCUUUGCUGACCUCCGUGUGGCCUUUGUGGACGCCUGGGAAAUGACCUCCAGUCUGGCUCUGCCCGACAGGAUCCACCCAGGGCGGCUUAUUGUCCGCAAUGAGGUCAACUUCCUCCUGUCCUUCAUUUGCCCCAUUUGA